CUUUUUCACGCUUCUUUCAUCCGCAAUCCGCAUCGCUCUUUCAAUUUACAGAAAAUGGCUACCGAGGAAUUGGUGACUGAGCAAUUUCAGUUUUUAGGAAUAGAUUUAGCAAAAGAAGUUAUUAAAAAGUGUGUAAACUUAUGUGAAGAAUACGAUAUUGACGCGGAAGCGUUUAUUGAACAAUGGAUGGCAUUUAGUUUGACGCAUUUAAAUGGCGCUUCACCAACUUUACAAAACUUGGAAUUACUCGCAAAGAGGGAAUUUUCCAAACAGGCGGCGAGGCCUAACGUAGCACACAAUGAUAAAGUGUUGCAGAGUACCGAAUCCAAUAUAGCACUUUAUGGUCUUAAAAAUUCGCAAGAUAUCCAAGGUAGACCAGAAAAUGCUGUGCUGUCCAACUAUAUUACUGGAUCACCCAAGGAAAUUAAGAUGGAAUCAAUGGAAGAUCAACAAUUACAAAAAGUUAAAAAUGAACUUUGCCCAGCGAUGUAUACCCCCAUAGAUCACUCAGGAACAUUUAACACCAGGACAAACCAACUUACAGUAGUGCACUCAUUUGGGGACGACAAGUCACUUAAUUUAUUAGCACAGCCAAAUUCUGUUAGUAAUAUAUUAGAUUUAAAUAUAAAGCAAGUUCCCAAUGAUGAUGGCGAAAUAUACACUAAGGCCAUGUUUGGUUUUGAGCUAUUACAUGAAAAGUCCAGCAUUAUUGAUAACCAUAUAAGUUAUUUGUCACAAUGCAUUAUGAAAAAAAUGGGAUUUAACGAGCAGCUCAGUUCAGUGCGACACAAGUCACAGACAGAAAUCUUGGUGGCUGGGCGGAUCGAUUGUGACGCUGAUGCGAGGCUAAACCCAAAGAGUGUAAUUCUGCAGGGAACAUGGGAGGAGUCACUCAGCCAAUCGGUUCCUGUUGAUUUAGAUAGUCUGAAGCAAUACUCAUUGUUCCCCGGGCAAGUAGUAGUGCUGCGAGGCGUUAACCCCCGCGGGGACAAGUUUAUCCCUAACGAGGUCUACGCAGACGCUUCUCGGCCCAUUCCAGACCCGAAAGUCGACAUGAUGAAUGUCUUGAAUGGUACAUUGUCGCUGGUGAUUUCGUCUGGUCCCUAUACCACGAGUAAUAAUUUGGCAUAUGCCCCUCUUAAGGAUCUAAUAACAUACAUAAAUGACUAUAAACCGCAUGUUGUUUUAAUGACUGGUCCUUUUCUGGACUGUGAGCACACUAAAGUGAAGGACAACACUAUGGCUGAAACCUUCAAAUCAUUUUUUGACAAACUUCUAGAUAGUCUUGCUGAAAUAAGUACUAGCAGCCCUCUUACUAAAAUAUACAUUGUAUCCAGCUGCAAAGACGCAUUUCAUGUGAAUAUUUAUCCAACACCACCUUACAGCAGUAAAAAAAAGCAUCCAAACAUACAUUUCUUACCAGAUCCAGCUAAUUUAAAUAUUAAUGGAGUAACUAUAAGUAUAACAAGCAUAGAUAUGCUUAUGAAUAUUAGUCAAGAAGAAAUAUCAUUAGGCAUGGGCGGCGACAAGUUAUCACGGCUGGCGAGUCACGUGAUCCGUCAGGCAGGGUGGAGCGCGCGGGGAGCGGACGCAGGGCUGUGGGCGGCGCACGCGCAGCUGCCGCAUACACCGCACGUCCUAGUGCUGCCGUCUAACUUCAGAUACUUCAUCAAGAAUGUUGAAGGCUGCGUGGUAGUUAAUCCGGAGCAUCUGACAAAAGGCACUGGAGGUGGCACUUUCGCCCGAAUGCUUGUAUCCAAUAAUGGUAAUCCUACGAUUGAUAUCGCUGCUCAAAUUGUUCGUAUUUAAUUAAGACAAAGCAACAAAUCACGAUUCUCAUCAAUCAGAAGUCAGAACUCAGAAUCUCCCCAUACAAAAUAAUUAAAAUUUUAAACAUAAAUUGAGAAAUUCCACAUGAUAAGACAGUAUUACAUAUUUUCACAAUAAAAUAAGAAAUGUUGA